AUGGGAAAGUUUUCUCGUGUCAUUAUGCCUUGGAAGUCUGGGGCCGACGAAAAGCAUCGUCACAAAGAGACAUUCAUUCUCCAAACCUCACCUGGUCUUCCACAGUCAGAUCUCGAUAAAACCAUUUUCCAUCCUAAUUGGAGACUGAAGGCAGGAUGGGAGUGGAGGGAGAGUAAGGUUCGCGAUGGGCAUUCGAUGUUUAUUUUCUACCAUCGCGAUCAGAAACCUCGUGGUAUGUGCCAUGGCUUUAGCGAAGAUGAUCUAGCCCGUGAAAGGUCCAUGGAGUUCCGAAAGGAAUAUAAGCAUGGUCAGGUGCACUAUGUGCCAACGAAGAAAUCUGCGGCCCGUAAGGACGACGGAUUUUGUGGUAGUGGGAGAUGGGGUUACCGGUAG